GAAAUUGUCUAUUACUUUAAUACAAACUCCGCCCGCAUUGCCUUGUCCUUCAGUUGACAUUUCUGAACUCCAUCUUGUGGAGAGCGAACGUUGAGUGUUCGAGUUGCUGAAUUAAAUAAUCUGCCGUUAACAUGUCGAAGAUUGGUAUCAACGGAUUUGGCCGCAUCGGUCGCCUGGUGCUCCGCGCUUCCAUCGAGAAGGGAGCUCAGGUCGUCGCCAUCAACGACCCCUUCAUCGGACUCGACUACAUGGUCUACUUGUUCCAGUAUGACUCCACUCACGGCCGUUUCAAGGGCACUGUGGAGGCUAAGGAUGGCUCCCUCGUUGUCAACGGCAACAAAAUCGCCGUCUUCUCCGAAAGGGACCCCAAGGCCAUCCCCUGGGGUAAGGCUGGAGCUGAAUACGUCGUAGAAUCUACUGGUGUAUUCACUACCACAGAGAAGGCUUCGGCUCACUUGGAGGGUGGUGCCAAGAAGGUCAUCAUCUCCGCUCCCAGCGCUGACGCGCCCAUGUUCGUCGUCGGUGUUAACCUUGAAGCGUAUGACCCAUCUUACAAAGUCAUUUCCAACGCCUCGUGCACGACCAACUGUCUUGCUCCCCUCGCCAAGGUCAUCCACGACAACUUCGAGAUCGUCGAGGGUCUGAUGACCACCGUACACGCCACCACUGCUACACAGAAAACCGUCGAUGGUCCCUCUGGCAAGUUAUGGCGUGAUGGCCGUGGUGCUCAGCAAAACAUCAUCCCUGCAUCCACCGGCGCCGCCAAGGCCGUCGGCAAAGUCAUUCCAGCCCUCAACGGCAAACUCACCGGCAUGGCCUUCCGUGUGCCAGUCGCCAACGUUUCCGUGGUGGACCUCACUGUCCGUCUUGGCAAGCCCGCCAGCUACGAUGCCAUCAAACAGAAGGUGAAGGAAGCCGCCGAGGGUCCCCUCAAGGGCAUUUUGGGCUAUACCGAAGACCAGGUCGUAUCCUCUGACUUCAUUGGUGACUCUCACUCGUCCAUCUUCGACGCUGCUGCUGGUAUUUCCCUGAACGACAACUUCGUUAAGCUGAUCAGCUGGUACGACAACGAAUACGGUUACUCCAGCCGAGUCAUCGAUCUCAUCAAGUACAUCCAGUCCAAGGAUUAAACACUUUGUUUUAUUUUAAGAGUAAACCUGUCGACAUUGUCGAUGCUUAUUUGUUAAGUUUAAUUAUAGCCGUUUAUUAAUCUAAAUUAUUUUACUACUUUGAGAGUAGUGUAUGUCAUUUAUAAUUGAUUUUUACACAAAAAGAGUUAUGUUGCAGUAUUGUAGAAAUCAACAAAAACCAAUGAUUGUAAUGCUGAACUCUGAAUAAAUUAUUAUUGAUACAGUA